AUGACAGUGAAUCAGUAUGAGCAAAUACGUAAGUUUCUUCACUUCAAUGACAACAGUGCAAUGAUACCCAGGGGUGAAAAAGGUCAUGAUAGACUCUUCAAGAUAAGACCCAUAAUAGAAUUGAUGAGAUCUCGGUUUCAAACAAUACCUGUUGAGGAGUGUGUUUCUGUUGAUGAACAGAUAUGUUCAACAAAGGCUAGAAGUUAUUUGAAACAAUACAUGCCAAACAAGCCUCAUAAAUAUGGAUACAAAUUAUUUGUUAUUAGUGGCAUAUCUGGUUAUGCCUACGAUUUUGAGAUUUUCACUGGAGAUGAAAAUGAACCAGAAAAAAGAGUGACUCGGGAGGAAGACUUGGGAGCAAGUGCAAAUGUUGUAGUUCGACUCAGAAUUUACUCACUUGGGACAGUCAGAAGAAACAGAGUGCCAGACUGCAAGCUCCCUUCAGAAGCUGAGCUGAAGAAAAUGGCACGAGGUGCAUCAGUAGAGCGCGUCGCAACAGUGGAUGGUGUCGACAUAUCAAAUGUAGUGUGGAAAGAUAACAAGAGUGUGAUGUUGCUUUCUACACUUGCUGGACAGCAGCCUAUUCAUGAAGCAGGGAGGUAUGACAAAAAACAAAGUCAAGAAUAA